CCCCGUGCGUCCUGCCCCGCUCCGCCCUGAGUCCCGCCCAGCCUUGCGUCCCAUCCCCAGUCCCGAAUUGCUCUGCCGGGUGCACUCUGAUCGGCCUCGACCCGUCUGGCACAGCGUAUGCGAUCAGCCUGAGCCCCGUGGGCGCGAUCCCUGGCCGGCCGGGCAGAUGCUGGGCGUGAUGGCCCACCUUGCCCUCGCCCCGGUAACGCGGCAGGUCAGCGGCCGCGCCGCCUCGGCCGCAGUCCCUAGCGGCCCCGAGCGCGGGCAGCCCCUGGCCGCAACAGUGGCCGAGCUGUCUGUGCUGGACGCCUCCGGGAGGCAGGUGCCGUUCGGCGCGCUGUUUCGGGAGCGCCGGGUUAUCGUGGUCUUCGUGAGGCAUUUCCUGUGUUACAUCUGCAAGGAAUACGUAGAAGAUCUGGCCAAAAUCCCCAAGAGUUUCUUACAAGAAGCAAAUGUCACCCUUAUAGUGAUUGGACAGUCAUCCUACCAUCAUAUUGAGCCUUUCUGCAAACUGACUGGGUAUUCUCAUGAAAUCUAUGUUGAUCCUGAGAGAGAAAUUUAUAAAAAAUUAGGAAUGAAAAGAGGUGAAGAAAUUGCCCCUUCAGGAAAGAGUCCCCAUAUAAAAUCAAAUGUACUCUCGGGAAGCAUUCAGAGCCUGUGGAGGGCAGUGACUGGCCCUCUUUUUGAUUUUCAAGGAGACCCUGCUCAGCAAGGUGGAACCCUCAUUUUAGGUCCAGGUAACAACAUCCAUUUUAUACACCGUGAUAGAAAUAGGUUGGAUCACAAACCCAUCAACUCUGUUUUACAGCUUGUAGGAGUUCAGCAUGUGGACUUUACAAGCAGAUCUUCAGUUAUCCAUGUGUGAUGGUGUAGACUCUUUAUCACUUUCGAAUGGACCCUUGGGAUAUGACCUGAAAUGUUCAGAUGUGGUAUCCUUGUGCAGUGUCUCACUUGUUGGCUUUUCCCAGCCUUUGAGGAGUUAUGAAAACAUAAAGAGACCACGUACUAGUUGAA